AUGUUUGCGCCCUACAAUUGGGAACGGGUUCACUGUCCGCCACCCGGUUAUAUCGGCAUGUUUGAGCGUUCGGUUGCUUUCGGGGUCCGUUUCCCGUUCCCUCGUAUCCUAACCGAAUACCUGAGAGACUGGGGGGUCGGUUUUAGCCAGGUUUCUCCGAUCGCCUGGCUGAAAAUCAUUAGUCUGCUCGUAUUGUUCAGUCAACAAGGUUGGGAGAUGCCGACACCGGACGACAUUCGCGCGCUGUUCCUGAUGAAAGAAACGAGAAAGAAAUCCGGACAGUUCUCUAUAUCUGUUCGGGAUCCGAGAUUUAGGGAUCUCAUCACCAAAGUCCCGGAGACGAUCAACAAAUUCAAAUCUUCGUGGUUUUGGCCCCACCGGAAAAUCACGCGCCCAGCCGCUGGCGCGCCUCCCGAGCUCGGCCCCGUCAUCAAAUCGCGACCCCAACUCUUCGUUCGCGCCUCCCGAGCUCGACCUCGCGCCAGCUGCCCCGUGCGCAUCUCCCCGUCAUUUCCUGCUUGUCGUUCAGCCAGUUCACGCUGGCGAAUCGCGACCCCAGCCUCAGUCUGCCACUGUCGAGCCCUUCUCACACCUCCCUUAGUCGCGUCCGUACGACCAGCAGCACCUCAGCUCAGGUUCCAGCGCCCUCAGCCUUGGUUCACGCGCCGACGAGCCACCUUGGUCCAAGUCUGA